AUGAAAAAGUGUAAAAGCUUAUUAGCUUUUUAUGCUUUAUUCUACCAUGCCAAGGCAUUAUCUUUUGCAUCACCCUUGACACAUGGAAGAACAAGGUCCCUGCUGAUGGUAAAUGGUGGAACACAGCAGCUGUGGUCCGAAACAGAAGAAGCAGCGUUGUCCGAAAAACUAGAAUCCGAUCCAUCGGAAGAAUCCAUGAUGCGAGGUGGCGAGUAUUCGCCUUCUGCCUGGAACAACGAGACGGAUGGUAGCAACAUGCCUAUGGAAGGCGAUGCUGGCAGUGGUAGCUCUCCUAGCACUAUUACUUCACGAACAUUUGAUUCUGAUGCCGAGUUUCUUGAAUCUGUAAUAAAAGCAUCCAACUUUGGGCAAGGUCUUGAUGAAGGAGAGGACUUGCAAGAUAUCAUCCAAGCCUUUGUCAAGACAAAUUACUCCAAAGGGGAGCUCCUCUUUUCUGAAAAGGACGAGACUGGAGACUUUUUAUUUGUGGUGGAAUCUGGUCAAUUCAUUGUCUCUGUGGAAGGACAACAGCUACCAGCUCCCUAUGGCAUUGCAUCUCAGGGAAGCAUUAUUGGUGAACUAGCACUCAUAUAUGACACUGGAAGGGUCGGAACCGUACGAGCCAAGACAGAUGUUACAGGCUUUCGAUUGGAUCGGGAUGCCUUUCUGAAAUGGCUCGAAAAGUGGCCAGGAAAACGAAACGAUUUGAAGCACGAACUGAAACAGAUUGACGAUGUCAUUGCCAAGGUAUCGGGCGUCCGUCUCAAAUAUGGUGGUAGCGUCAUUCGUAAAAUCAAUCCCUCUCGUCUCUGGCUGUGGACUCGAUGGUCCGGGACCAUUCUACAACAUGCUUGGAAGGUUUCCUUGGCCAACUUGCUGACUGCCACUACCCUCGUCGUUGCAACUCGACUCUUGGCCAAACCAACUUGGGGACUUACCGUCAUGCCCGAUCCCAACAACCCACUCAUUAGCAAAAUGCUGGGCCUCUUUGAUGUUUGGCAGUAUCUGAUGACUGUGACGACUUUUAUCUUGACAUUCUUUUUGGGACAGGCCUACAGUUUGUGGAGGGACAUUUACUCGACGGCUCGGGUGGUCCAAGGACGACUCAGUGAUAUCAACUUGAUGUUGGCAGUUUCGGCAGAACGAGAUCGGAGUGGAGCGUACACCAAGAGGGCCAGAGAAUUAAUGGAAGACGUGGCCAGUUAUACUAGAUUGUAUCACGUAUUCAUGUGGGCAUCCUUUUCCAACAAACUCAAUCUGUUAUUGAGUGACAUGGGACUCCGGCGAAUGGUGAAUCGAGGAGUAUUGAGUAGGAAGCAAUUCAAUACACUUCAAAAGCUGGAUGCUACUACGGUGGCCCCUCAACAUGCAUGUUUGAUCUGGAUCAUGACUCGAUUUCUAAAGGGAAUGCAAGACAAUGUCGUUCCCAACGAUGUGACCAUGAAGCAAACGUUAUUCAACAAGGCCAUGGAACUACAAGGAACCUUUGCUGGAGUUGGAGGCAAAUUGGCUGGCAGAUCACCGCUGGCAUAUGUUCAUCUAGUCCAAAUACUUGUGGAUUCCUUUUUAUUACUGGCACCGGUUGCUCUCACGUACAAGCUUGGGGUAUGGGGCAUUCCUGCAGUUGGUAUUUUGACGCUCUUUUACUCGGGACUAUUGGAUUUGUCCAAGAUCUUGUUGCACCCAUUAGGCAAUGACGAUGACAUUUAUGACGAAUCCGUAAACAUGGAUCUAGCUGUGAUUAUUCGGGAAAGCAACGGUGGAUCCACCCGAUGGAUGGACGGUGGUGAAUUAUUGCCAUUUUAG